AUGCGUGUCCGAGUUCACCCUUACCAUGUAAUCCGAAUCAACAAGAUGCUGAGUGUCGCUGGUGCGGAUCGUUUACAAGCCGGGAUGCGAGGCGCAUUUGGUAAGCCAGCUGGCAAAGUGGCUCGAGUAAACGUGGGCCAGAUUCUGCUCUCCGUGCGAACUGUCGAUCGUCAUCGUGUGACUGCAGUGGAGGCGCUACGUCGCUCGAUGUACAAGUUCCCCGGUCGGCAAAAGGUGAUUGUUAGCAAAAUGUGGGGGUUCACUCCUUUACCGCGAGCUGAGUAUCUGCGGUUGAAGGAAGAAGGGUUGUUGCGGAACGAUGGUGCAUAUGUCCAGUUCUGUCGGCGGAAGGGAGAGGUGGCAGAGAACAUGAAGUACUUCCCGCAGGCAUAUAGUUCCGCUGUGGAGGUGCGGCUAUGA